GUUGAAAAUGAUGACAUGGAAUGGAAAACCGAAAACGUAAUUGGAGGGAGAUUGGACUCAAAUCGCCAUUUGAGAGAGGUCAACAGCCCAGGUGUCAGAUAGACAUUGAAUACGAAGAACAGAAAGAAGGAUUGUUUCGCGGGGUGGGACUUGGGAGGGGAAAUCAGUUCACCAAUCAAAUAAACAGGAAACCGGUAAGCGAUGCCGCGAGUCCAUCAAUGCUUGGCUAUGGUGAUUCACGAGAGGAGGGCAAACAGGGUAUUUUGCUGAAGGAUAGAGAACUGGCCAUGGCGGCGGCUGCGGCUACUGCUGUCCGGAACCCCAAAAUUCUGUUCCUCAUCUGGUCACUCUGCACCAUCUUCUUCUUCUCCCUUCUCCAGAUGGCUAUCAAGAAUUCUGCUUCCCCAGGUAACUGUAUUAAUGUUUAUCUCUACUUUCCUACUUCUUCAAUGUGAUAUUGCCUUUGAUCAAUCGUCCAAUCGUGCUCUCCCAUGAUCGAUUUUCACUCCCAAAGCUGGAAUUUGCAUUUCCCAAAUCGUCAAUUUCCGUGGCUGUUGAUUUCCAGUACUAAUUAAAACUUGAAUCAUCUUAGCUGACGGGUCUAUUUAUGGUGUCUUUUGGCAGGGUAAACUCCAUGACUAGGUUUUAGGGUUGUUGGGUUAAGCUUCAACUUCAGAAAGUUGAUUACUUUCAAUCUUUUUCUCUGUAUUCUUACUACCCUCAAAUGCUUGCAAGAAGAAACAGUAUAAGCAUUGGAUAGAUAUCAUAUCAGCUAUAGAUUCUUUUGUCCCGCCACUGAAAGGCUAGAUAAUAAGUGUUGAUGUGCCACUACGAAGAUGGAUAUAGACUUUGAGGGGGGGACUAUUUUCAGAUUCUCAUAUUGCAUAUAACGAGCAAAGGUCAAGGCUGUAUGGUAAAAUGGCAAGGGAUUUGGAUGAGAAAGGAACAGCCUUUCUUAAACAUGGAGAAACGUCUCAAGCAUUAUCCCUUUCGAAUAUUUUUACACUGAAAGAUGGAUCAGUUACUCCUGUAAGGUAACCAUUGCUGAGGUAAUAGCCGGACUGUCUAUGUUCAUUUUUGCAGUGUCAUUAAUGGCUUUUUCUUGUGUUUUGUAUCUAAGUCCACAGUAUUCAGUGCCCAUCUCGUAAGUAGCAUAUAGAGCAACUUACUUACUGUACCUUUUCCCCUCUUUUUCCCUCCUGUUUCAACCAUUGCCACUAAACAUAGCAUAGACCCUGAGUGAUAUCGGGAAAGCAUCGCCUGUUCAAAAUGAAUAUACAAAGUUUCUAGAUGCAUCAGCUUAUUUGAUGACAUUGUAGAUGGCAUCUGCAAUUGAGAUCUCCUGUUUGUUAGCUAUUUUAAGCUUUUUAACUUUGCUGAAGGACUCCUAGUUAUGUCAGCAGGUGAAAGCAUCUUCUGAUUUCUAUACUGUUAAGGCUUCAUACCUUUCACUGUGAAGAAAGUACUAACUAGGCGUGAUAUGUCUACAGAAAUGCCAGGACCUCACUUUCUGGGUUCUUUCCUAUGCUGUUGGUUUCGUAUAACCUUAUUUGGAAGAGCAAUGUCUACUGGCCUGUUUCUUGGGCGAAUGAUUAAAUUCACAAUCCAUGUGUAAAUAAAUUAGCUUAAAUGGUUGAAUUAGUCGGAUUUUCCUGUCCAAAUCUGGUCUGAAGUCUUUUUUAGAAGCUCUUCCAUCUUUAAACUUGAAUAUGACAAGUAUACUAGAUGAAAAGUUUAUCGGAUUGUUCCAGGUUGUUAUUUCAUAUCAUACCUUAAUUUUUUUGUUUCAGAUUGAAACUUGAAUAUUAUCUAAUACGGCGAAUGGAAACAAUUUUAUUGGUCUUGUUACAUGCAUACUACUAUCUCAUUCAAUGUAUUGAAGAAUCGCGUUAUGAACUUCCAUUGAAUUCCAUUUCUUCCUUACUACGCUGUCAAUCUUGUUUGUUACUAACAGCAGUUACUAGUGACAUGCCAUAGGGAGGCUGUUAAACUUGUCUUUGCUCCAUAUUUUGAUAAAGGUUACCGACAAUUUCUUCUACCUCUGUUUAUUGUUAGUUGGCGUAUAACUCUUAACUUAUGUGCUGAAAUUUAUCUCAAGAACAUGUGUACUGUUAUAUCUCUGGUUUCUUCUAUGUCACUUUCUGCUUGUUAAUGAUGUCUAACUCACAUGUUUUCUGCUCAGCGAUUUGGCUUCAGAACUCUACGGUGUUCCAGUUCAGCAUGUUUUAUGCUCCACAUCACAUUACAACUGUUCCUGCCACUGAAUCCCAGAUUGAAGCUGAAGCAGCUGCUGUUAGAACUGCUGUUGAGACCUUUUGCCCUUUCAAAAUAGUCUUGGACAGAGUAGUUUUGACUUCAACGGGUGUGCUUUUGGGAUGCUGGCAGGUGACUGCUGGUGCAGAUCCUGCAACUAUUCGUGCUACAUUGAGAAGCGCGUUUCAGCGUUCCCCAGACAAGCAACUUUAUGACACCGCUAUUCUUCACACAUCAUUUGCGAGACUCCCUGGAAACCCAACGACUCCAAGUCUCCAACCGAGAACAACGAGAAGAUUCCCGAUGAUGCAAUGCAGCUUUUCCACGAGCUAGUUGCGAAACUGAACAACAAACUCCACGGCUCCCGAGUAAUGUAGCUUAUACAUUUGUCCAAGAGCACACUUGUCAUCAGGCACAGUGAGCAACCCCCACAUGAAACUUAAGCCUGUGACAAUGACAAAUGCAGGCAGUCGGAGCUGGGAUAUGUGGAAAAAUAUGAUGUAUUGGCUCUCGCAUUGGAUGGAAGGAUGAAGGUGAGAAGGUUCCUGUUUGGCUGCAAGCCAAAGUGAAAAGAGCACAACUUCAGAUUGGUUCUGCUUCAUGGAUGGAUAUAUGUACAUGUAAAGAGCCAAAAUUUCGAGGUUUUUGCUGAUGAGUUGUUGCUUAUUAGAGCUGUUAGGUAACAAGGCGGUUUAGGAAUAGUAGUAAUAUAACCGUGGUACGCUUGGAGAUGUUGAAGGGUAGGUUAGCUUGCUAACUCCUCUAAGAGAUUGAGAUGAGAUAGCAUGAUUAUCCCUAAAGCGUUGGAAAAAUGACACUCCCUAUUAACUACUAGAUUCGAACCCGGGCCGCUGGCCGAAAGCAUUAUUUCAAACAUAUUAGCAAUAAUUGUUAUUGUAUGAA